AUGUUGGAUUAUAACUUAGUAUUUUUGCUCGCACAGCCGACGUUUCAGUUAAAACGUUUUCCGGCUAUUGUCAUGGCUUUAUCCGGCUUUUGUCAUGACUUCAAACAGCAAUUUGGCCUUGAAGGUUUUGUCUGUCGUCGGUCACAUGGCAUUCAAACAGGAAAAUGUUGA